ACACUACGAAUCCCUAUAAAGCUCAAAAAUAGAAUACAGAUGUGUUCCUUAAUUUUGUUCAAUUUUUAGGAGUCUUAUGUGACCCUGUUACGCUUUUUAGCUUUCGUCCAUUAUUUAGAUGGUUAUUUCACUUGCGGACAGCAUGUAAUUUGACACUUUUGGCUAUUUUCGCUUCGCCUUUUCCACAUCAGUGAGAGAGCUAGCUAGCUAGUAGCUAGCUUGCAGCCAGUCGUCCAAACUUGACCGCAAUGGCUGCAGUCAUUCUAAGUUUCCCAACUCUCCACGGUUUAAGAGUAUUCACUCAAAAAUUGUUAUGGACCAAAAGAGGAGUGAGAUUAAUAUCCGGAGGGGUGAGAAGGAUCGAGAAGGUGCUGAUCGCCAAUCGAGGGGAGAUCGCCUGUCGAGUAAUGCGCACAGCAAAGAAGAUGGGUGUCCGGUCGGUGGCUGUCUACAGCGACGCUGACAGACACUCCAUGCAUGUCGCCAUGGCAGAUGAAGCCUACCACAUCGGGCCGCCUGCUCCCCAGCAGAGUUAUCUCAACAUGGGGAAGGUUUUAGAAGUGGCCAAAACGUCUGGGUCACAUGCAGUCCACCCUGGUUAUGGCUUUCUGUCUGAGAAUACGGAGUUUGCAGAGGCCUGUAAAGAGAAUGGAAUCAUCUUCAUUGGACCGCCAUCCUCUGCCAUACGAGACAUGGGCAUUAAAAGCACAUCCAAACACAUCAUGUCGGCUGCCGGGGUGCCGAUUAUCGGAGGUUACCAUGGCGAUGACCAGUCAGAUGAGAGACUGCGAGCAGAGGCCGAAAAGAUCGGCUACCCCGUGAUGAUCAAGGCGGUCCGUGGAGGAGGUGGAAAGGGGAUGCGCAUCGCACGCUCCGACUCGGAGUUCUUGGAACAGCUUCAAUCUGCGAGACGAGAAGCCACUAAAUCAUUCAACGACGAUGUCAUGCUGAUUGAGAAGUUUGUGGAGGAUCCCAGACACGUUGAAGUUCAGGUGUUUGGGGACAUGCACGGGAACGCCGUCUACCUGUUUGAGAGGGACUGCAGCGUCCAGAGGAGACAUCAGAAGAUCAUUGAGGAAGCGCCAGGACCCGGCAUUGAUGGCGAAGUCCGGAGGAAACUUGGCGAAGCGGCUGUGAGAGCGGCUGAGGCCGUCAACUAUGUCGGCGCAGGCACAGUGGAGUUCAUCAUGGACGCCCAGCACAACUUCUACUUCAUGGAGAUGAACACCAGGCUGCAGGUGGAGCAUCCCGUCUCCGAGAUGAUCACCGGCACCGACUUGGUGGAGUGGCAACUGCGGGUGGCGGCAGGAGAGCGCCUACCUCUGCUCCAAGAUGACAUCACGCUAACGGGUCACUCCUUCGAGGCCCGCAUCUAUGCCGAGGAUCCAAACAAUGACUUCCUCCCGGGGGCGGGGCCUCUGCUACAUCUCUCGGCGCCUCCGCCGGACCAGCACACUCGCAUCGAGACCGGAGUCAGACAAGGAGACGAGGUGUCUGUUCAUUAUGAUCCCAUGAUAGCAAAGCUUGUAGUGUGGGGCGAGGACCGCUGUGCCGCCCUAAAGAAGCUGCGCUACUGUUUAAGGCAAUACAACAUCGUGGGUCUGAGCACCAACAUCGACUUUCUACUGAGUCUGUCGGGCCACCCGCAGUUUGAGGCGGGUAACGUGAGCACCGGCUUCAUCCCGCAGCACUAUGCCGAUCUCUUCCCCACGCCCGAAGCUCCCUCCGGGGUCGCCGUCUGCCAGGCGGCACUCGGCCUGCUGCUCCACGAGCGGAAAGCCACCGAGGACUUUGCGGGCACUUCCGGAGAUCCUUUCUCGCCGUUUGGCUCGAGUAGCGGCUGGAGGCUGAACACGCACGUGUCCAGGAGCAUGACGCUGCAGCUGGCAGACAAGAAGGUCAUCGUGGUCGUCACAUACAACAAAGACGGGAGCUACGCCAUGCAGUUGGGCGAGGAGCGGUUUCAUGUGACGGGGGAGCUGGAGACAGAAGAUGGAGCUUCCUUCCUGCACUGCUCUGUCAAUGGCGUCAAGUCUCGACCCAAACUGGUCAUCCUGGACAACAGCGUUCAUCUCUUCUCCACGGAGGGCGGUGUUGAAAUGUCCGUUCCGGUUCCAAAGUAUCUGGCUGCUGCGAGCGGAUCCGCCGCUCAGGGUGGCGCCGUGGCCCCCAUGACUGGAACUAUUGAGAAGGUGAUGGUGAAGGCGGGCGACAGAGUGAAUGUCGGCGACCCGCUGAUGGUCAUGAUUGCCAUGAAGAUGGAGCACGUCAUCCGGGCACCCAAGUCGGGCGUGAUCAGAAAGGUCUUUUUCGGCGAGGGCUCUCAGGCCAAUCGACAUGCUCCCUUGGUGGAACUGGAAGAAGAGGGCGGGGCCGACGAGGAGGCAGCGGCCCAGUAGUCGGGUGCAGUGAUAUUCCAUACUGGGAGACUCAAAAUGAAGAUUUUGGAGUAGCCAUGCCAUCCCUCAAGAGACCGUGGCCUUUACGCUCUGCUGCCUUUGGUGCUUUUUGGACUCUAUGUAAUUGGCUGUCUGGCUAAUUGUAGUCGCAGCGCGGCGGCUUGCUUCCUGUCAGGGAUGUGGAGGAUGAGGAACAAGCAGAAUGCUGGCACAACUUCACAAUUAUUGAAACGGUUACUGAUGAUGAGUGAGGAAGAUUUUUCAUUGACAUGCCCACAUGCUGUGUACAUUGUUUCAAAAGUCUCCGUUGAUCAUGAGCUAUUCCAAAAGUUGAAUGCAAAUUAACUUUUUGUCAAAUAAUCCUCACACACUCCAACGAAAUGUGUCCUUCUGCUUCUUAUGAUAUUUUUGAAUACAGUAACUCUGCACUCCAGAAUGCUAAGAGUGAAACGUUUAGUAGACCCUAGCUUGUGUUAGAGGACAACUUGGCUCAUCUGUUACUUCAAAAUGUAGAACUAUGCAAAGCUUUGUACUGUGGUCUUGUGUUUGAAUGACAUCACAUCAUUAACAACCUACUUUAGAGUGA